GUCCGAUGAUCAGCAAAAAAUAGCGACCGAUGACACUGCCUAUCGACAGUCGCCUAUCGUUGCUGCUCGAGAAAACAACAAAAGAAAAAAACGCAACUUAAUUAACAAAAUUCGCGGUGAAUGCGCUAGCGUAACAUGGACGAUGUCCCGGUUAAGAUAGUUGAGCGCUACAAACCCCCGCCAGACGUCUUCCACCUGCCACAGGCAACCCUCAACCGCCUGUCUCAGUUCCGGGAGGAUUUCUACGCGGAACAUCCUGACUACCAGUACGAUGGCCAGCUGGAGCGUGCGGUGCUGAGUCAGGCGCACCGUUGGCGACAGGUGCGACGUCAGCAGAGACAAGAGCGUAGCAGCCGACAGGAACGCCGCAAGCAGGAACGGCAACGGGCACUGGAAGCCAAGCAGAAAGAGAUGCUUGGAGCUGUCGACUACCCAAGCACGGAUGAUUUGUCAUCGGACGAGGAGGAGCAGCAGGAGGGAAAAGACCUGGCACAGAAGGAGGAAGAGCAGGCACCACCCGCCACCUCUGAGUCACGCGACUCCUCGCACGAACCAAAGUCAAUAGGCGUUUGCAAUUUUCACAACAUCUUGCAGCCCACCAUUCUGAGUGCCACUCCGGUGGCUAGUCCGCAGACGCUGCACAAGCGAAACAGCUCCUUAAACUACGCGGACUUCGAGUACAAUAUGAACUCCACGCCUUUUGACAACAUCGAGCUGAAAACCAUCAACGAUCUGGACAUACUCGCUCAGGUGCUUCAUCAGACCCAGUUGGAGGAGCGCAGGGAUCAGCAGCAGCAGCAGUUGGACCAGCCGCAAAGGGAUGAUCAUUCCAGGGAGGAGCAGCCCCAUCAGGAAGUGCCAGCUCCUGUGGAGUUAACGAUGACCACGCUGGCUGAGACCAAAGCAACGCUUGACAGCGUUAAUUUCCAUGUUCACUGUGAUGAUGACGAGGGCCGAAGCGAGACUAGUAACAUUCCAGCCACGCCUCUAUACCAAACGCCCAUGUACAGCUCUACCGCCCAGCAGCAGCUGCACAAACCAGAACACUUCCAGGUUUACCACAUGCAGGGCUUUAGUCAACACUCCCCCCAUACGCAACCUUACCAACAGUCCAACAACUAUUACGUUAAUGGAUUCGGCACGCCUAUCCAUUUGUUGGCGCCUCCUGCGCCUUCCUCUGUACUGACCCUCAGUCAGGCGGAGGACGAGGUGGCCACCAAAUCACGGAGCGUACCGGACAUUUUGCGGGAGCUGAAGACAGAGCUGCAACAGGCGGAAAAUCGUCGCAACCGUUUGCACAGCCACAACGAAGAGCAUCAGCCAAAGAUGGAGGUGGCGGUAGAUAGAAACUCAUUUAGGGACCUGGCAGGACCGGCCCAGAAACUGGCGCAACGAAUUAGCACCAUGGGCUUUCCUCUGGAGCGAGUGGCAAAGGUUGUUAGUCUGUGCGGCAUCGAUGAUAAAAAGAUUAUCGAACACCUAAUUCCUCUCGGUGAGCUCAUGGACCUGGGCUUUGACGAAUCGAAAAUCUCGGCGGCGCUUCUCAAGUUUAACAAUAACAAGGACAAGGCGCUCGACUAUCUAAUCAACUAGUUCAAUUCAGGGCAAACCUUUUGAUACGGCCAGCUUUUACCCCAUGCCCUUUCUCCGCACCCCACGCCCACUCAGUAUACCAAGAUGGGUCCUCUAAAUGUAUUUUUAUUAUUACAAGUUCUCGUGAGAUAUUCCUUGCUUAAGUUGGGAGUUGUAUGCUUCAGAAUCCUCGGCAGCAGAAUAAAUAUAAGUCCGUAAAAUAA